CCAGCUGACGAAGACCUUCUAUACUGUUUUGAGGGUUCUAACCUCAGCAUUGGAUAUUUUGACGAAUUUUUGGAGAAACUUUACAAUCCUAAAACAUGGUACUUGGUGGACGGUACAGCUCCCAAAUUCGUUAUAGCAAAAAUAGUUAUUUCUGCAUCGUCGAGAAGUAUCAAAGGCAGAGGAUUUCAAGAGUUUAUAAAGAAUCUUGUAGAUAAAUUUUGCAUGCCACCAUGGUCAAUAGAAGAGUUGGAAGCCUGCCGAUUAAGUGUCUUCCCGAUGAUACCACGAGAUUUGAUGCUUGACCUUAGUGACGAAGUGGGUGGUGUGCCAAGGUACGUUCUUCAGAUGCCAGCAUCUAUUAUUCGUCAGGAAAAUCUUAAUAUCAAGGAUCAACCACCUACUCUCAAUAAUCUGGAUACGAUUAAGAAAAGGUCUUUAGAACGUGUUGAAGAAGCCCUUUCGGAAAUUAGCGAUUUCAGAAAGCUUAUACGGUGCUUCUCCGAAAAUACACAAUAUGUUGAAUUCAGCAGUCGCUUUAUUCAUCGGUGGCCAGACACUUUCUACCGAGAACAAUCCCUCUCAUGGGCCUCUGGUUGUAUUUUUGAUAAAAUCCAGAAAAAACUAGAGGAUAGUAGAUGGAGUAAUCUAUUUUUAAAAAUUCAAGAUCCUGAUGACCCUUUCAGCUCUAGAGGGAUUAUGUUUGAGUCACACGUACUCCACCUUUUCAAGCUCGGUGGUCAAAAGUUUGAAUCAAGGAGACUUAGAGAAAACGAGAAUGAUCCAAUCAUUUACGAUAAAUUAACUAUUGCAACAAAACCAACUACGAAGUAUAUUCGAUAUGCAAGCCAGCUCACAGGGUAUAACGAGGAAGACAUAAUUAUCAAACCAACCAUAAGAAAUUUCAGUGCGGUAGAUCUAAUUCUUACACCGAACUGUAUCUUUCAAAUUACUGUGUUUCCAAAACACCCCGUAAAGCAGAGUGAACUGAUCAACAUAGUUCAAAAUAUGCUGGCAUAUAGGAAGAAUCCGAAUGCAAAAAUUUUUUUAUAUUUUAUUGUGCCGGAUGAUAUAUAUGAUACCUUCAAAUACCAAAGUUACGUAACGCCUAAGAAAAAAAUUGGAAACGAUCUUGAGGCCUUUCAGGCAGUUAAACGUAAGUCCCCUAUCCUUAGUAAUGUAGAACAAUGGGUCAUAAAAAUCAAAAUGGUACCUGAAAUGACUAUAACGACUGUGCUAAACAACGCGAUGACAGUAGCAAAUUCCU